AUGACGUCCUUCCUUCCAGAGCAGAGUCUGUCCCCCCCCCAGCAGGAGCUCCUCUCUCUGGGUUUGGAUCCUUCAGACUUCAGCAUGUACAGCCCUCCUCCUCCUCCUGAGCCUUCAUCAUCAUCAUCAUCACCGUGGCCGCCCCACAGCGACCCGUCUCUGUGCCUCGGCCCUCCAGCAGCAGCCUUCUUCCCUCAGCUCUACGCCCUCCAAAGGCCCCUGCUCUCCGGCAGUCCCUGGUUCUCCUUCUCCUCCCAGAGCGACAUGAUGCGGAUGGUCCGCCCCCCCUACUCCUACUCCGCCCUCAUCGCCAUGGCGAUCCAGGGCGCCCCCCAGCAGCGUCUGACCCUCAGCCAGAUCUACGGCUACGUGUCGGAGAACUUUCCGUUCUACAGUCAGAACAAAGCCGGCUGGCAGAACUCCAUCAGACACAACCUGUCACUCAAUGACUGCUUCACCAAGAUACCCCGAGACCCUCAGGACCCUGGUAAGGGGAAUUACUGGACUUUGGAUCCAAACUGUGACAAAAUGUUCGACAACGGAAACUUCCGCCGCAAGAGGAAGAGGAAGACAGAUCAUAUAAAAACUGUUUCCUCUUCGUUCCCACGACGCAGAGACGACGACGUCAGCAAACAAACAAACAAACGGCUGCUGAGUCGAGUCGGUUUAGUUUCAGCAACUCAGCAGAAAUGUUUCCUGACUGAGAGUCAGCGCUCUGAUUUCCCACAGAAAUACAACACCACCAAACACACCAUCAGCUAA